CCGUCGCUCGAAAAACAAUAAUAAAAAUUGACAACUCUGCUCCGCUUUCAGUUCACUCCGCUCUUUUGUUUAUUAAACAAAAAAGUCCAAAUAAACAAUACGCGUCUGAGGCAUUACAACAAAAAUUAACAAAAUUUUGAUACACCGAUUAUAGUUGACUGGAAAAGCGCGCAAACUUGCAAUUUGCUAUGUUGCGUUGCAUACGUUUCGGUGAGGUGCUACUGGAUGAGACUUUCCGUACAUUUCUAAUAUGUAAUCAGUGCCAGACAGAGUUCGUCGAAGUGCCGGAGUUUCGUGUGCAUCUAGCGACUACCUCCUGCGGACAGCGGCUAUUUCAGGAAGAUGUGAUUGGAUUGAAAUUCGGUGCUGCACAAGUCACGCGCACCAGCAAAGAAAAAACAUAUUUGUUGUAUAAUCCAGCGGAUGUGCAAUUGGCUACCACUGAGACGGUGAUUAACAGCGCAACAGCAUCGGCGGAAGGUGGCGACGAUGCCUACUUAGAUUUAAUGAAAAUUGAAGAAGAAUUACUCGAUCCGCGUUGGUAUACAGAUAUUACAAAUGCACAGACUGAAGUGGCUAGUCCACAAUCUGCUGCAUCAUUAGCAGGCGCGUGCAAUGCCAACAAACCGAUGGAAUAUAAAGAACUCGUGGAGGCGGUGGGUCCAUAUGUACAAUUUAAAGAAAAUGCGGCGAAAAGGAAACCUGGCGGUGUUGUGGUGCGACGUUUUCCCAAUAAGUCCGAUAAUGCUGCUGUUGCCAAGAAAAAUCCAGUAUUACAAACAAAACUCGAGCAAAGCAACGACCAGAAAUCGGUGCGUUUGCUGAAUCCUGCAGCGAAGCGAAAACUUGAAAUGCCACCCAAGCAAGUGCAUUUCAAUAAUGAAACCACAGUGAAAUAUGUAAUAAAUGACAAAUUGUGUACGAAUACGGCGGCAAUAACUGAAGAAAUAUCAUUAAACAAUGGCAGUGUGGUGAAGCGACGCAAAACGAUAAAUAUACCAAUGGAGCAUGCUAGCCAGCGACAAGAACAGCAGGAACAAGCUAUAAGGCGUAGUUCAGAUGUACCAAAGAGUACAAUCGGCACGGCCGCAGUGCGUAAAACAGUUGCGGAAACGGCAAAUGCAGCAGGCGCUGGCAAGACUAUAAAAACGCACAAUAACGCUAAAUCGACGGCAGUAACAAGUUCAAAAGUAGUUGCCGCAACAAAAGUGGUACACACAACUGCAUCUAAAACGGACGCAGCAGUGCGACACAAAGGCCUUGUGCCUAAUCCGCUUGUGAUAACUAAACAAAUGAAUGGCAAAAAUCAAGCGAUUAACACCAAUUUGCUGGUUAAAAAUCCCAUCACAUACGCAAGAGCUAACGCGAAUGGCAUUGCAAGUGAAAAAGCGCUACCAAAUCGAACCGCGUCCGUCGCACUCAACAAAGUAGCGCCAGCUGCAACAAAACCACAACAACGCACACUCGCUACAGCGGCCGCUGGAGCAACACAAGCUGUAGCACUUGCGCCUCUUAAGCAAACAGCGCCACCCGCACUAGCACCGUUAUCAAGUAGUAAUCCCACUGCCACGGCCUCUGCGCAACAGAAAACCAAUGAUUUAUUGAAUAAACUGCAGACACGCGGCUUGCAGGUGAAACGCACGCAGCCGCCCGUCACAACAGUGGUCAACACCAGUCAACAGAACAAAACGUUGGAGCUGCUGCAAAAGCUGCAAUCCAAAGGAAUGAAGGUGAAAAUACUCAAUGGCAAGGAGGCGGUGUGUAACGCUGGUGCGACGGUUGCACAAACUAGUGCCAGCAUUAAUUUGCCAACAACAACAACAACAGUGCAGGAGAAAAUAUUGUGCAACGUGGGGAAACCAAAUAAGACGAUUUUAAACAAUAAGCUCAUAAUUAAGAAAGUAAAGUAGUUGUAAUCGUAGUGUUGUAGACUCUUAACGCAUUUUGUCGAUAACCGUUAGGCUGUUUUAAAUAUUUGAUUAUUUUACUCCCAUAACACAUUUUAUUUCGCAAACGUAUUCAUUUUAUCUAAAAAAUAUUCGAAUAAUUUACAUAAAUUUAUUUUAUGUAUCAAGUCAUGCAUAGUUUUAAUUACAAUUCAUUAUGUAAUGCUUAAUAUUUAAGCAAACAAAAACGCGUCACUCAAUGUUCACUGUACUCACCUAUGUUGAAUGAAAUGUUUACAAAUACAUGUAUUUACGUUCACACUCAGCUCGUACGCCGCUGCUG